GGCGGCAUGGCGAGCACGGCCUCGGAGAUCAUCGCCUUCAUGGUUUCCAUCUCCGGCUGGGUGCUGGUGUCCUCCACGCUGCCCACCGACUACUGGAAGGUGUCCACCAUCGACGGCACGGUCAUCACCACCGCCACCUAUUGGGCCAACCUGUGGAAGACGUGCGUUACCGACUCCACGGGCGUCUCCAACUGCAAGGACUUCCCCUCCAUGCUGGCGCUGGACGGUUAUAUCCAGGCAUGUAGAGGACUUAUGAUUGCUGCUGUCAGUCUGGGCUUUUUUGGUUCCAUAUUUGCCCUGUUUGGAAUGAAGUGUACCAAAGUCGGAGGCUCAGAUAAAGCCAAAGCUAAAAUUGCUUGUUUGGCUGGGAUUGUAUUCAUACUGUCAGGGUUGUGCUCAAUGACCGGUUGUUCCCUGUAUGCAAACAAAAUCACAACGGAAUUCUUUGAUCCUCUCUAUGUUGAGCAGAAGUACGAAUUAGGAGCUGCUCUGUUUAUUGGAUGGGCAGGAGCCUCACUCUGCAUAAUUGGCGGUGUCAUAUUUUGCUUUUCAAUAUCUGACAACAACAAACCUCCCAGAAUGGGAUACGCAUACAAUGGGGCCACGUCUGUCCUGUCUUCUCGGACAAAGUAUCAUGGCGCAGAAGGAGGUUUUAAAACCACAAACCCUUCAAAACAGUUUGAUAAAAAUGCUUAUGUCUGA